AUGUUGACUCAACAAGAAAAACAAAGAGUGGAUGACAUUUAUUACAACUUUAAUAACGGUGGGACAUUUUUAAGCCCAACAAAAGUACAUCAAAUACUGAAAUCGCAAGGAUUUAACUCUCCAGGUUUACACAGGAUUAGACAAUACAUUCAAAGUCUCGACGACUACAGCCUACAAAAACCGGUUAAACGGUCAUUUAGACGUGCACGCGUAGAAGUUGGAGAACCGUUUGAGCAAUAUGAUACUGAUUUAUUAGACAUGACAUCGUUGUCAAAGCAGAACUCUGGUGUGAAGUACUUGUUGAUGGUCAUCGACGUGUUCAGUCGCUUUCUAUGGGUAGAACCUAUCAAAAAUAAAACAGCAAAACAGGUAUUAGAAGCUUUCAAGAAAAUAGUUGAGAGAGGUGGAAUUCCAAAGAAAAUUCAUUCAGACUUGGGUAAAGAAUAUAAUAAUAAAUGGUUUAAAAAUUGGUGCCACAAUAAUAACAUCCAUUAUUUCACUACACAGAACGAAAUUCACGCCCCAAUGGUAGAGCGUGUAAAUAGAACAUUUAAGACCAUGAUAUUUCGAUACUUUACUAAAUAUAGAACUUAUAAAUACUUGGACAAUCUACAGAAAUUUGUCGAUUCGUAUAAUGCUACACCCCACCGAUCCCUCAAUGGAACAGCACCAAAAGAUGUUAAUGACAAUAAUCAAGCAGAUCUUUUUGCAUACAUGUACCUAAGAAAAAAAACGAAAAAAGUAAAACGAAAGAAGACACUUAACAGAAAAAAACCUAAUCCCUACAGAUUUAAAAUAGGAAGUUUAGUCCGCAUUUCCCACACUAAACAACUGUUUAAGCGCGCCUAUCAACAGCAGUGGUCUUCAGAGAUAUUCAAGAUAAACAAAAGAGUUCUAAUGCAGGGAAUACCCCUAUAUCGAUUGAUAGACUUUUUAGGCGAUAUCAUACAAGGAAACUUUUAUCAAUCGGAAUUACAACGAGUCGAAAAAGACGAAAAAACUCUAUGGUUUAUAGAGAGAAAAAUACGCAAACGUAAAAGAAAAGGUCAGAUCGAGUGGUUGGUCCAAUUCGAAGGAUGGCCCUCUAAAUAUAACCAAUGGAUUCCAGAGAAAGAUAUCAAAGACAUGACAGACAGCUAA